AGGUGGGAGGGAGUCACAGUGUGACUGUGGCAGGUUCACAGAGCUGUGAGGAAAUGUCCUUCAAUGACUGCAGUGUGUUCAUCCACUGACGUGUGUUACUGAGAGUCUGAUGAGCUGACAGGAGGAUCAUGAUCAACUCCACACACUUCUCAUAUUUCACACUUGCUGCCUACUCUGACACCGGGCUCUUCAAAUACUUAUACUUCAUCAUUGUGAUGAUUUUAUACAUGUUGAUUAUCUGUGCCAACCUCCUGCUGAUUGUGGUUAUCUGUGUGAACAGAAGCUUACAUGAACCUAUGUACAUGUUUCUGUGCAGCCUGUUUGUAAAUGAACUGUAUGGUAGUACAGGGUUGUUUCCAUUGCUGCUGCUUCAGAUCCUCUCUGACAUUCACACUGUCUCUGCUUCAGCUUGUUUCCUGCAGAUUUUCUGUUUGUACUCUUACGGAGGAAUCGAGUUUUUUAACUUAGCUGUCAUGUCUUAUGACAGAUAUCUUGCUAUCUGUUAUCCUCUACAGUAUAACACACGCAUGACGUCCAAUAAGAUUGCUGUGCUCACUGCUCUGAUGUGGAUUUACCCUCUGCUUAUCAAUGCUUUGAUCGUGGCUGGUCUGACGUUCCCUUUACAGCUGUGUGGGAACAUCAUUAACAAAGUGUACUGUGACAACUAUUAUGUCAUUAAACUGGCGUGCUCUGACACAAGACUCAAUAACAUCUUUGGACUCACUCACAUGUUCACAGUCAUCUUGGGUCUUAUACUUUUAAUUAUCUACACGUACAUCAGGAUCCUUAAAGUCUGUUUGUUUGGUUCUAAACAGACGAGACAGAAAGCUCUCAGCACCUGCACACCUCACCUCGCCUCUCUGCUCAACUUCUCCAUCGGCUGCUUCUUUGAAAUCGUGCAGAGCAGGUUUAAUAUGAACAAUUUACCAAAUAUAUUGCGUAUUUUUUUAUCACUAUACUGGCUCACAUGUCAGCCGCUCAUCAACCCUUUACUGUACGGACUGAAAAUGACCAAAAUACGUGUUUUAUUUAGAAAUAUGCUCUUUAGGGGAAAAACAGUAACUGACAAUAAUAUCAGAUAAAAUUAUUAUCAACUGUCAAGAUUCAUUUUCUUUGGAUUUUCUUCUGUUCAUCAAAUUAUUGUAGUGUUUUUAUUGUUUUAAUAUUAAGAACCUUUAAACUGCAUUUAAGAAGCGUCGUAUCAUUGUUAUUAAUCUGAAGCAGGCACAUUUCCUGUCACCAGAUGUCCUCAGACUUUCCCUCCUCUCCACUCACCUGUCCUCUCCACUCACCUGUCCUCUCCACUCACCUCCUCCUCCUCCUGCAGAUAGCAGAUAUGUAUCAUGUCACAUUUAAUCAGCUCCAAAGUUGCCGUGCGCCUCAUGUCUUUGUUUUCAAGGCACCAAACCCUGAACCUGACCCCGACUCAGAGC